CUUAGAACUUUUAAAAGGCGUUUUAUACGCUUAGCGGUUUUUUUGUUAUUUGACAAGGUUUUGAUUUAAUUGUUAUCGACUGUUAUUGAUUUAGUUGUAUUUAAUUGAUGUUCAAGCAGUAUGGACUUAAAAUAUGAUUUUCCUCUUUUUACUUCCAAUGAUUUCGAGUCGGAAUCAAUCAGGAGUCGUGAUUGGAACUCUUUAAAAUCUAUUAGCGAUUUUCGACAUAAUUCAACUGGAUCGAUAAGUGGUCCAUCAAGUGUCUCAGGGGGAAGAACCAGAUCAACAAUUGUAUCUAUUGCUGAGGGACGUGGAAAUGCCAAAGGAGAAAUUGGUUUAGCUGCAAUGGAUGCCAUUGGAUCAACUUUGCAACUAUUUCAAUUUCCUGAUGGAUGCACUUAUUCAAGAUUAUUUUCAAAGCUGGAAAUUCUUGAUCCUGCUGAGAUUAUUGUGUCAUCAACCGUUGGUGAAGGAACUAACAAAAGUCUCUUAGGCCUGUUACUCAAUUUCAACAAUACAAUCACGGUAACCAAGGUUGAGAGAAAGUAUUUCAAUGAUAUUGUUGGGUUCAAAGCUGUUACUUCGUUAUGUGCUCCCGAUUACAAAAGUAAAAUUGAAAUGGAGGUAAAAGAAAAGUAUUAUUGUCUUGCUGCUGCAGCCGCGCUGAUUAAAUACAUUGAAUUUGUUCAAAAUGUUAUUCUUUCUGCGAAUUCAAUAAAAGUCGUUUAUGCUGGAUCUGAACAAACAAUAGCUAUUGACCCAACAACUGCUAAAGCAUUGGAAAUUAUAGUUAAUCACCAAACUGGUAAAACAGAAGGAACUUUAUUACAUUUCUUGGAUCACACAAAGACCAAGGUUGGUUAUCGACUGUUGAGAGCCACCAUUCGAGAACCUUCAAGUGAUCUUAAAACCAUUGAACCACGAUAUGAUAUGAUUAGCGAGAUAUUAACCAAUCCUCAAUUUCAUUUCAACACAUCUGAAAUAAUAACAAAAUUUCUCGACCUUGAAUCGAUUAUAUCAGCCAUUAUAUGUGAACCUAAAACCAAAAGUUGGAAAGUUGGUGAGAGAAGAGUUGAAAUAUUGAUUUAUCUUCGUCACACGUUGAAUCUUAUUAACCCAUUACGAGAACAAUUGAGUUCAGCUCAACAUACAAUUUUUCAACAUUAUUACUAUUUGUUAGAAGAUGGCAACUUUGAAGCAAUUGCAAACAUAAUUGAUACAGCAAUCAGUCAGGAUUGUAAAUUGGUUAAAGGAGCUUUGAACAUUAAGCAUCAAAAAGUUUUUGCAAUUAAACAGGAUAUUGAUGGAUUUUUGGAUAAAAAGAGAGGCAUUUACAAUAAAUUGAUCAGCGACAUGGGAUCUUACGUUGAACAACUAGGAAUGAAAUACAAUCUUCCCAUCAAACUCAACUACAACCAGACUAGAGGUUACCAUCUUACCAUGAAUGUUGGAGAUCGACCUGAUAUGGACUCUCAUCUACCAGUUGAAUUUAUUCGUGUCCAAAAAAGAGGUAAAACCAGCAACUUUACAACAAAUGAGAUGAUGCGAUACAAUUCACACAUGACGCUAGCUCUAGAGGACAUUUUUGCAACCAGCUAUGAAGUACUUGCACAAAUUUACCUAUCUAUCCGAGAAAAGAUUGGUUGUCUCCAUAAACUGACAGAAAUUGUUGCCUUCAUUGAUUUAUUAUUAUCGUUUAGUAUGGCAAGCUCAAAGUAUAACAUGGUUAGACCUGAAUUUGACUCAAUAACGGCAAUUAAAGAAGCUUGUCAUCCUUUUUUAUUAGAAAACAAUAAAAGUGAAGCAGUUUAUAAUGAUGCAUUUCUUUCGGAAGAUUGUAAUAUUUGGAUUUUACGUGGACCUAACAUGAGUGGAAAAUCAACAUUCCUCAAGAAUAUUUGUGUUCUCCAAAUUUUAGCUCAAUGUGGCUGCUUUGUACCGGCUGAACAAGCAACCUUUCGAUUAACUGAUCAAAUUUUCACAAGAGUUGGUAAUGAUGAUGAACUAGAAAGCAAUUGCUCAACAUUUACCAAUGAAAUGAAGGAAAUAAAAUACAUUUUGGAUAAUUACACCGAUAAUAGUCUCAUUAUAAUUGAUGAACUUGGAAAAGGGACUUCUUAUGAGGAAGGAUUAGCUGUUUGUUGGUCAGUUAUUGAAUCUUUUUUAUCAUCCAAAGCAUUUGUAUUUUGUGCGACUCAUUAUUCGGCUCUUGAUCAAAUGGACUCAAUGUAUCCAAAUGUGACAACCCAUUACUUCUCUGCUGACCAUCGAUUAAGAGAUGAAGAUAAUUUAGAUCCACUCUAUGGACUGGAUAUCGCCGAAAAAUCAGGAAUCAAAAAGUCUAUUCUCGAAGAAGCUAGACAAAUUGCUGAAAAAAUGAUGGCGAAUGCAACAAAUUUUGCUCCUAAUCCAGCUUCCAAAGAGAUAAAACGUAAAUAUCAACUCGGGCGUCACCUCAUCACUUUGGCAUCCAAACCGAACCUCCGAACUGAUGUUCUAAACAAGUACUUGAAAGAUUUCAAACUCGCUCAAGAAAAAGAAAAAAAUUCAAGUGGUGUCGAUGUAUCGAAUGAACAAGAACACGUGAACUGUGAACAAACAGAAGAAUAAUUAAGCUCCAUAGAUUGUUACCUUGCCAGCAUAAUCCUCUCGAACAAUCAAGUAAUGCUGUAAUCAAUUUACAAGGUCGCUUUUUUGAUUAUUAUAUGAGUAACAUUUUUCUUUCUAUUACGAACAUUAUUUCUAUUUUUGUACUGUUAUCAUCGAAAAAUUAUAAUUUUUUGAUUAUUAAAACCAUCUAACCUUUAAA